GAUCCCCACAACCUACAAAACACAUCCGUUGUGUGUUAUUUCACUUUUCAUCUCUUACUCAACUCACUUGCCUCGUUGGCUACCUAGCCUGCUGUAUCUCUAUGUGCCUGUCUGCGCCAUCCACGCUUUUGUCGUCCGCUCAUCUCCGCUGCUCCGCCGCUGGCUGCCCUACCGAUUCCCCCGCUUUCCCCGAUUUCUCCCCCUCGACGGUGUCUACGGUGUCGCGAUAUCACUCCACUCUGGCUGGCACCCAGGCCGUGUCAUCCACUCGUUCGCCCGAUUUCACUGCUGGCGAGGUGACUUGGCUAAGGGUCCAGGGUCCGUCCUGAAUAAGGGCGGACGGUAAUUUGGUGCUAGUUUCGAGGGGCUCCUGCCAAGCCACCUACUCCUUCACAAGAGUUGCGCGCGCGGUGUUCUUUGAAUCCUCGAUCUACAAUUGAUC